AUGGGGACGACCGGCAUUGAAGUUUUUGCAGCUCUAAAUGAUUUUACAGAUGCCAUUGUUUCCAUUCCGGAGUCAGUGUGCAGUAACUUUACGUAUUUAAAAGAAAUUGAUGCCCGGUCUCGAGAAUUAAAAACGAAUGUAACAGAUGAAAUAGAGUCGAUUUUGAGAGAUGGGAAAGCUGGAAAUAAUCCUAUAAAUAAUCGUUGCUUGCAGCUAGAGAAUGAUAUCAAAGGAAUGAUUCCUUUCUCAGAUUCCAAAAUAUGUUUGGCUACAGAAGCGAUGGAUAAUAUAAACCAGUGUAUCGAUAGAUUGGAUGCCGAUUUUGAAUACGUGGAGCUGGAAAUUCCACAGCAAUUACGGUUAGGGUAUCCGGAUGGGCGUGCUUUAUUUAACCAUCCUAAUAGCAAUCAAAGGAUGGAAGGAAAGAAAGAAACGAGAAGAAAUCAACCCCAACAGCAGCAUACGGAUCAUCAGCAGCAAAAUCACCAUACUUCUUAUCCAGGACACCCUAUCGAAGAACGAUCCUCUGUGCAUCAUGAAAAUGACAAUACGGAUGUUCCCCAUGCUACUAAUAACACUCCUAGCAAGCGGCGAAAAACAACUGCACAGCGGAAAUCAACUUCCCCUCUUCAUAGAACAAAACCAAAUGUUGUUACUGUUGUGGAGCGAAGGCCAGGACGAAGAGGAACUAGACAAACAACAGAUGACCUUUCAGCGAAACCAAAUAUCCUAGAGUCGGAGGAAUUGAACGAGGGCGAGCAACUUUAUUGCUAUUGUCAACAAGUUUCCUAUGGCCAGAUGAUUGGAUGUGAUAAUGAAAACUGUAAGCGUGAAUGGUUUCAUUUACCUUGCGUUGGUCUGGUAGAGCCACCAAAAGGCAUUUGGUAUUGUACAGAGUGUCGAGAAAGCAUGAAACUUGAAGCUUGA